AUGUUAGAUGAACUAUAUAAAGCAGAACGUGAAGAUAUGGAAAUGAAACUUCAAGCAAAAGAUGAAGUCAUUGAAUCCAAAGACAAAAGCAUACAGAAAAGAAUACCACGUUCAGUACCAAAAGGAAAGGAAAAGAGUUAUAAGUAUAUGAUAUAUACUGAAGAGUUGGAGAAAGAAGACAGUGACAUGGUUACGUUGCAUUUAGUCAGAAGAAACAACAAAAGCUUUUACGACCUUGUUAAGAUUUACAAAUCUGACAGAAAUUGGUUCUAUCGUGAAAACUUACCGAUUUCAAUGACACCGAAUGAAGAUGUUAAACAGAUAGUUCAAGACACACUUCCUCAAACACACUAUGACAUCAAAGGUUGCACAAUACUUACAUUCAAAGAAGACUUAACAUUACUGAAGGAAAAAAUAACAGAAUAUUUCGAUAACUUCAAAGAGGAAGAAUGUAAAAAAAUCUCGUCGGGUGCCACGUUAGAACCAUAG